UCGGGCUGCUUCAGUGCGACUCAGGAAAUUACAAUUAUUUUCAUUUUAACGUUGUUUUCUGAUGAAUUACAGUAUGCAGAAGGAGAAAUAAAAACACUAAAUACUAUUUGUCAUACCAUUAUCAGAGUAGAGUGUAGCUUACAGUUUAAUCAAUGAAAUCAGACUUUAACUAACCACCUACUGAAAAUCUGUUAAGAAAAAUUAAAUAUGAUACUUGGAUAUAUUUAAAGAGCAUAAAAUGUAAUUGGAUACAACGUAGAUUGGUGUAAUGUUAUACUGCGGGACAUUCCAAGCAAAGAACGUAUCCAUGGAGUCGACAGUUUUAUACUUUAAAAGAAAAAAAUCGUGAUUGGUCACACUGACAACCAUAAUUUAAAUCAAAAUACAAACAAAAAAGGCAAUUUACAAACUUCAAACUAUCUUUCCCUUGUAUUUUUUUAUAUCGCCUGCAUGAUUCUAACGAGGCUGGGGUCAAAGUUGAGGAACAAAUAGAUCCAAAGCGGGAGAACGUUGAUCAGUAUUAUCAGAAUGAAUGGUCCAAAGUGCAUUGAGCGUGUCUGACACUGCAGCCGAGCGUUUGUGAUAGAGUGACAAGACUUGGCAACGCAGCCCAAUAUUAGAUUUCAUAAGCAAUUAAAAGAAUUUAAAUAGGUAGGUUUAUUGAAAUCAUUGUGUAGUGAAGAUGGAUAUCCUGGAGACUGAUGCUUACGAUCGCAGACAGAGGAGAAACAUGUCUUGUGCGUUGUUCCUGCACCUGGUCCCGUUCUUCCUGGCCACCUGCGCGUACUUUUACCUGUGGACCCCAGAAUCGGUUGGGUCCAGCUUCGCAGCGGGGGUGAAAUCAGCUCCCUCGCUCCUAUUGGCUGUGGUGGUCCUGAGCUGGAACGGGCCCCACAGCGUCCUGGGUGUGGCCGGGGGUUUGAUCUUCUCCGCCGUGGGGGACUUCUGCCUCGUCUGGCCCGAUCAGACGUUCAUACACGGUAUGGCUGCAUUCGCUGUGGCGCACCUCUUCUACUCCCUCACCUUCCUCUCCUCACGUUACAGCUCUGAAUCCUCCUCCAAAUGGCCCCGCCUCUUUUACCCCAUCUUGUUCCUGAUUGGAGGAGGCUUCUACGUCUACCUGUACCCAUACCUCCAGAAAGCCCCCAACCCAGACCUGCUCGUCCCGGGAGUGGGGGUCUACGUCCUGCUGAUCACUCUGAUGGGUAGCCUGGCCAUCCGGACGCGCAGGCUGGCCACAGUGCUGGGUAGUCUGGUCUUCAUUGUGUCCGACGUGAGUCUAGCCGUGCAGGUUUUUAAUGUGGCUGUGAUAGAACAUGGGACCGUUAUCGUUAUGGUGACGUAUUAUUUAGCCCAGCUACUGAUCGCUGUAGGAGACGUGAAGGCGGUCGAGGGCAAAGACGACUUUUCAAAAUGGAAGAGAGCCUAGAAAUAUCUUUAGUGUAUAUAUUUUUUUACUACC